GCAGUGCGCGAGGUGGGCAGCGAAUUCUGAGUGUAAACGACAUACUGAGCGGGUUUGAAUACUUACAGAAACGGAAAUAUAAAAGAAAUACAUACAUUACAAAUUCGCUUACAGCCUGUCACACUAAAGAGAAGGAAAAACGUCUGGCGAAAUAGAUGCGAGAGAAGCUAAAGGCGAAUUAAACGCCUGUCUUUUGUUUAUCGAGGCUCGCCGGUAUUGGUAACGCGGACGCGCGGAGGUGAAAGGACCCUCUACCGCGAGCUAGCUGAGUUAGCUAGCUCAGUUAACCGCUCAUCUUCACUCAGGGACGGCGCCGACAGACUGACGGAAAAAGUCGUUUGUUUGGAUGUGGACUGGUCUCCUCCUUCAGGGAAGCCAUGGGAUUAACUGGGAGGAAAUCGGAGAAGGGUCCUGUUUGCUGGAGGCGGCGAGUGAAGUCUGAGUACAUGCGUCUGCGACAGCUCAAACGUUUCAGGAGGGCAGACGAGGUCAAGAGCAUGUUCAGCUCCAACAGACAGAAGAUAUUGGAGCGUACAGACAUAUUGAACCAGGAAUGGAAACUGAGGCGGAUACAACCUGUUCAUAUAAUGACACCUGUGAGCUCCUUGCGUGGGACCAGAGAGUGCACUGUUGACAGUGGUUUCUCAGAGUUCUCCAGACAAGUCAUUCCUCUCAAAACGCUGAACGCUGUGGCCUCUGUGCCCAUCAUGUACUCAUGGUCUCCACUCCAACAAAACUUUAUGGUUGAAGAUGAGACGGUAUUGCACAACAUCCCUUACAUGGGUGAUGAAAUCCUUGAUCAAGAUGGCACAUUCAUUGAAGAACUUAUUAAAAAUUAUGAUGGAAAAGUUCAUGGAGAUAGAGAGUGUGGCUUCAUAAAUGAUGAGAUAUUUGUGGAGCUAGUGAAUGCACUUAAUCAGUACAGUGAUAAUGAGGAAGAUGAUGAAGAGGAGGAUCAGCAUGAUUGCAAGUUUGAGAAGAUGGACCUUUGUGAUGGAAAAGAUGACACUGAAGACUCUCACCAGGACCUAUUGAUUUCUGAGAGUCACAACAAUGAUGGAUCAAAAAAGUUUCCCGCUGAUAAAAUCUUUGAAGCCAUUUCUUCCAUGUUUCCUGAUAAAGGUUCAACUGAAGAACUCAAAGAAAAAUAUAAAGAACUCACGGAGCAGCAACUCCCAGGGGCGCUUCCUCCUGAAUGUACCCCCAACAUCGACGGACCAAAUGCAAAAUCAGUGCAAAGAGAGCAGAGUCUGCACUCCUUCCAUACACUCUUCUGCAGGCGUUGCUUCAAAUACGACUGUUUCCUUCACCCUUUUCAUGCAACUCCAAACACUUACAAGCGUAAGAACAUGGAGAAUCUGGUGGACAGCAAACCUUGUGGCAUUUAUUGCUAUAUGUAUAUGGUUCAGGAUGGCAUGGUUGCAGAGUACCCAGCAGGGGUGGUUGCUGAGCGUGCUAAGACCCCUUCUAAGCGUACUGUAGGCAGACGGAGAGGAAGACUCCCGAACAGCAGACCCAGCACCCCGACAGUUAACACUGAGACUAAAGACACAGACAGCGACCGAGAAGGAGGGGCAGAUGGAAACGAUUGUAAUGAUAAAGACGAUGAUGACAAAAAGGAUGAGACCACAAGCUCCUCAGAGGCAAACUCUCGCUGUCAGACUCCAGUGAAGUUGAAGUUGAGCUCAGAGCCUCCCGAGAAUGUGGAUUGGAGUGGCGCUGAGGCCUCUCUCUUCAGAGUGCUCAUCGGCACUUACUAUGACAACUUCUGCGCUAUCGCCAGACUCAUUAGCACAAAGACUUGUAGACAGGUUUAUGAAUUCAGGGUUAAAGAAUCUAGCAUCAUUGCACGUGCACCUGCGGUAGAUGAAAACACUCCUCAAAGGAAGAAGAAGAGGAAACACAGGUUGUGGGCCACUCAUUGUCGGAAAAUUCAACUAAAGAAAGAUGGCUCGUCCAAUCAUGUGUACAACUACCAGCCAUGUGAUCAUCCGCGCCAGCCGUGUGACAGUUCUUGCCCUUGUGUCACCGCCCAAAACUUCUGUGAGAAGUUCUGCCAGUGUAGCUCGGAAUGUCAGAACCGGUUUCCAGGUUGCCGUUGUAAGGCCCAGUGUAACACCAAGCAGUGCCCGUGUUACCUGGCCGUAAGAGAGUGUGACCCAGACCUGUGCCUCACCUGUGGGGCAGCUGAACACUGGGACAGUAAAAACGUCUCCUGCAAGAACUGCAGCAUCCAGAGAGGAGCAAAAAAACACUUGCUACUGGCUCCGUCUGAUGUGGCCGGAUGGGGAAUCUUCAUCAAAGAGCCGGUUCAGAAGAACGAGUUCAUCUCAGAGUACUGUGGGGAGAUCAUCUCCCAGGAUGAAGCAGACCGUAGAGGCAAGGUCUAUGACAAAUACAUGUGCAGCUUCCUGUUUAACCUUAACAAUGACUUUGUUGUUGAUGCAACUAGGAAAGGAAACAAGAUCAGGUUUGCCAACCACUCUGUGAACCCCAAUUGCUAUGCAAAAGUGAUGAUGGUUAAUGGGGAUCACAGGAUUGGCAUAUUUGCUAAGAGAGCCAUACAGACUGGAGAGGAACUGUUCUUUGACUACAGAUACAGUCAAGCUGACGCUCUGAAAUAUGUGGGUAUAGAACGUGAAUCGGAAAUUCCAUAAAGCCAUCUACCUCCUUGAACAAAUGCCUUAACUCUUCAGGAAUUCUCUCUCCACAUGCAUUUCCAAUACAGUUUUAUAGGACAAGGGCAUCUAAUUGAAAAGGGUUUAACAGUUUCCUUUGACUUUUCUUUCUUUCACUUGACCAACAGGCUUACUCUGGGACACACUUUCUGAUAGCGACUUGAACAUUCUGUCUUGUUUACAGCUGGUUUUAUUAGAGAGCCGUUUUAUUAUGUAUAGUUUUGUAUCUAGAUUGUAGUUUUUUCCUUCUUUUUUUUCCUAAGUUAUUUUGACAAUAUCUUUGGGCCAAAUUUUACAUUCAAACCGGUUGUAUGUUUAUAAUCCAAAACCUAUUUAUACCACACAAUCCCCUGCUCAGUUUUGAGGUUUGGUCUUUAUGGAAACCAAAGCCACUGUCACUGUUUUGCAUGUAGAUAUCUCCAGAAUCAUGCUGCAGAGGUUUAUUACAUGGUGCCAAUGCGCUGUUUCUGUGAAGAUGAAACAUGCGGUGUAAGGAAAGGGUAGACUCAGUAUCAUAUUUUUGCGGUGCCUUCAUGUGUUUAAAGAACACUGAAUAGUUUCUGGAAUUAGAUUUCUUAAUGUUGUUGAAUGGUGUACUCAAAUUGUUGUAUGCAUGAACAAAGGUUUCAAAUGGAGUUGGAAUCAGGUAAUGCUUCAUUCCUCACUGUAUGUGUUUUAUAAGGUUUAUCCAGACACGGUUGCAGCUAUGUACUUUAGACAUCACUAAAUGUAAGGAGAUUAAAUUAAGGUGCUGUUUUUGUCCCGGGUUUCGUGAAAAAACAAUCACUUUUUUUUCUGAACGUGGGAUACUGUAAAAUCAAAGCAAUAAUACCAGGCUUGACUCCAGAAGUUUAAUGUCCCUAUUUAUUUUGUGUAAACAAGUUUUAUAAUUUAUUGAUGGCUAUUGUUUUAUUGCUGUGAUUAUUGGAGUUAUUUCUUAGGAGCUAGAUUUGUUUAGCUCGAUUCAAUUAAUAGUUCUCCUUUGUCGAGCCACUCUUGUUAUACUCUUCUUCCCUGAGGGGUUUUGACCACUCCAUCUCUAUGCUUUUGCCUCCAAUUACAAGGUGCUGUUUAAUUGUUUACAGGGACUUGUUAAACGUGAUGAAAUAAACAUUGAAAACAAUUGUU